CAGACAUGACAUGGCCGAAGCAGAAGACGCCACGAUCAAAUAGACGUUGACAAAUCCAAAUCACGUCCACAUCCUGAACAACUGUAUUCUUCUUUACUUCCUUAAACCUGUUUUUGUGCUGUAGAAGAUCCUCUCAGCUGCGCAGCGAUUUGAUUCUUGGGUUGUGUUGUGCCUGCAUGUGCUGAUCAUUUAGCUUACCUGGGGCCCGGAGCUACAAAUCUAGGGCGUUGGCAGGUGUCGGACCUGACUUUUACAGGGGCGAGGGCGCCUAAAUGUCCCGAACCAGAGAUGCCUAACUAAAAUGGCGUCAACUCGGGUUGGUGAGGGACCUGCAGCCGAUCACGGCGGUAACCUUGCAUUCCGACAUGCGGACUCAUGCCGCGUAUAUCUACGUGAGUGACUCUUCCUAAAAGAUGAGGUCGACAUUCUCCGCUAUGGCGGCUAUGCGAUGAUGAUAGCAUUGUACAGGGCACCGAUCAAGUUUGGUGCCAGAUCGCCAUGGCUACGGCUACCUAGAUCGCGACCUCAACACGGCCAGCGAAACACCAGCAAUUCCACGCCGGCCAAAGACUCAACAAACGCUGCAAAGCAGGACAAACUCCCACCCCAUACUCCAUAUGAAAUACCCGUGGAAGGGGCGAAGGCAGAACCAGUCGACAUUCCCAUCCAACUAUGGUAUCAUCGAUUGGGGCCGGUGUCGACGUUCUUCAGAUGGUUUCACCGCACACAGGAGAAGAGACCUCACGCCGUGCAAGUAAGCAUGACUUUGAUCACUUACUUGUGCGGUGACCUUUCAGCGCAAGAGAUUGGAGGGGAACCGUACGAUGGCAAGAGGACUUUACGAAUGCUCACAAUUGGAGCCAUUGCUUCUAUACCAGGGUACAAAUGGUUUCUCUUCUUGGGCAGGAACUUCAACUUCCAGUCCAAAGUCGCGUCCAUCGCUACGAAAGUCGCGGUCAACCAGGCCGUCUUCACGCCUAUCUUUAACAGCUACUUCUUCGGCAUGCAGGCUCUUCUAACAGGCGAAGGGCCCUCGGGAGUCAUUACACGAAUCAAAGCCACUGUCCCUACGAGCAUUGUCAACUCGCUGAAGUUGUGGCCUGCAGUCACGGCUUUCAGCUUCUGGGUUAUUCCGCACCAGUAUAGAUUCAUGUUCUCAGGCAUAUUUGCGGUCGCGUGGCAGACAUAUUUGAGUUUCUUGAACAGAAAAGAAGAGAAGAUCGAGUUGGCUACAGACUCAAUGCUCAGGCCGGUCAUUCCUGAGGGUAAAGUGGUGAAAUGAUGAGCCGGAUGAUUCAAAGCAAAGGACUGAAGAUCUGGGCUCUGCGACCGAGUAGGCACAUCGCGUGUGUCUCCUUCGGUCCUUGGACGACGCCUCACGGGAUUCACCCAGAAUACUCAAAAGGUCGUGGAAGGACUGCAAAUGGGCGCAGUUUGAGCUGCGACGAUGUACAGAUGAGCAUUCGCACAUAGAGGGCAUGGCUGCAGGAAUGGGGACGGAUUGCGAUAGAACCAUCUGCUCGAACCAGAAAGUCUACAACAUAGAGAUAUAGAAUGGAAAUGAUUGUGGAACUACAAA